AUGUGGUCAGACUUCCGACUGGCCCUGGGGGAGUUCAACGGAAAGCUUCUGGAGACAGUGGAUACAGCCGAGGGAACUCCAAGCGGAGCGCUAGCGAGAACCUCCCGCGAGGACACCAUCAAGGCCAUCACCCAACUGAAGGUCAAAGUUUCAUCGUCGCAGUUCGCGACCCCUGCAGACUGGGCAGCAUCUCUCCCUGGAACAUUGGGGUCGGAAGUCCUCAAGACGUUGGAGGCCAACGUCGACUUUGCCGGCGCUGGGGAGAAGUCGGUACUGUCACUCAAGCAGCCCACCAGGAGGCUUGCCGCACGAGUCUUUUGCAACGGAUGGAACGCGUGGGUUCACCACGAUUGCGCCCAGUUCGUCCAAGGUCUCCGGACGACCUCCAUGGGAGACACCUACAAGAGCUUCGACAAGCAAGAUGAGGACAAUUCAUGGUUGUCUAGGGCCCGUCUCCCACGAACGAGCGCCGACACUUUCGUCGACAAACAACUUCGGGCUUCCUUGAUCGGACAAGGGGCGACCACCGAUGUCGCCCACCCUGUUCACGUACGGAAAUCGACGUCAGGAUGUCUGCAAAGCGUGAGUCGAGUUGACGUCAGCAACCGGAGACGAGCUGCUAGGCUCGCCCUCGAGGAUGAACGCGCUGCUAGAACGACAACCGACGGUGAACACCAUUAUCACCGGCUCCCAGUCCUCAUCGUGAGGAAGCGAAAGCCGGCAGAAGCCUUGGAGGAGGCGCACUCAUUUAUUCUGCGAGUUCUUGCUCGUCGUGUCGACCAAGUCGACGGCAUGCCGGCGAGUUCCUUCUUUCUGGAGUUGGCCACCAUCACCGACAGCUGGGAACGCAUGCCGUGGGCGCAGAACGUUGUACCCAAAAUUCGCAAGAAGGCGACCGUCGUCAAGGACAAAAUGGCAGCGGCACAGGGUGAUAUUCUGAGCGAGUCACUGGGUGGGUUGUGA